AUGAAUAUGCAACUUCUCUUGGGUGAACUUCUCUUGGAUGAACACCUCCUCAUAAUGAACGGAUUUGAUACUUUUGGCAAAAUAUUAGAUAAACUUCAUAGUCCAAAAAAGUUUAUACACAACUUUAGCGAACGUCUCAAUGAAUGUAAGUCUAAACUCAAUUCAAUUCUGUGUGAAGUGAGUGACGAGAAUCCGAUGCAACAGAAAACCCGUAGCCCUAACUUUUUGAUUGCAUUAUUUGUGGCCGCAGUUAUGAUAGUAAUAGCGGUUCCAGCAAUGGGUGGAUAUCACGGCCGCAGUUCUAUAAACGUAUGGCGCGGACCAUCCAAAGGCAAGGGGCAUAAGAAACACGCCUCCUUUGGCUACCAUUUCAAACAUCCGGCCCCACAGGGGGGUAAACAUCACUACGGAUAACCACGUUUACAUUGCCUGC